AAAAAAAAAAACUGAUUUCUUAAUAGUCUGCUCAUAGUCAUCAUCUUAUAGUUUAGAGAAUAGAAACACGAUGGUUAAAAAACAACUGAACAACAAGCCGGCAGCUUCUCUUUUCGAUAUCAGGUUGAAGAAUGACCAUGAUGUGUUGGUUCUUAAAGGAGGUGAACAUGAUGCAGCCUCUGCGCUAUUAUCAGGUAGGAUUGCAUUAUCAGUUAAUGAACCACUAACGGUUAAAAAAAUGACUUUAAGAUUAUACGGGACGCUUCGGUUGAAUUGGACUGAUACUGUGACCACGCCUAAGGGGAAUUACCCCAAGCCAAAUCGAUUUGAGAAAAAAGUGUAUGAAUAUAAUUGGGAUUCUUCCGAAAUUAAUAAGUAUCUCAAUAACUUGUAUGAAAAUUCAAAUAAUAAUGCCAAUUCGAUUGGAAGUUUAAGUCGAAACCAUUCAACCACAUCCUUGAAAAGCUUUGGCCAUUCAUUAAGAUCAAAAUCUUCAAAUAACUUAUCUCAUUUAUCUUCGUUAACCAAUUCAAGUUCUUCAAAUUUAGCAAAUCUCAGUCACGCUUCUUCUUCUUCAAACCUAUCGGGGAAUUCCAAAACUCACACUUUGGUUCAAGGGAAUUAUGAAAUCCCCUUCAGUGCUAUAUUACCGGGGGAUAUGCCCGAAUCAGUGGAAGGUUUACCUGGCUGUAAUGUUUCCUAUAAAUUAGAAGCAAUUAUUGAUCGAGGAAAAUUUCAUAAUAAUAUGGUUACUAAAAAACACGUUAGAGUUAUUCGUACUUUAACCACUGAUUCCAUCGAAUUAUCAGAAACUGUUGCUGUUGAUAAUACUUGGCCGAAGAAAGUUGAAUACUCUUUAAAUGUUCCUUCAAAAGCUAUUGCUAUUGGGUCUGGUACUCCAAUUAGUUUUAUGUUGGUGCCUCUAUUAAAAGGUUUGAAAUUAGGUGAUAUCAAAAUAAGCUUAAACGAAUACUAUUCCUAUGUUGGUUAUAUUCCUCCUCCUUAUAAUGGUGAACGUCUUGUUUGUGAAAAAUUCAUUCCAAAACCAAAUGAUGAUGAUCCUAAUUUUCAAAUGGAUAAAUGGGAAGUUGAUACUUUCUUAAAAAUCCCUCCUUCUUUAUCUAAAGGUUCGCAAGAUUGUGAUAUUCAAACUCAUAUCAAGAUUCGUCAUAAAUUAAAAUUCGUUAUUGGUUUAAUUAAUCCUGAUGGUCAUGUUUCUGAACUAAGAGCUUCUUUACCAGUUCAAUUAUUCAUUUCUCCAUUCGUUACAAUUAAAGCUAAAUAUGAAGAUGGUGAUAAUCUAAAUAGCGCUAGUAAUUCAGCUCCUGAUUUAAAUCAAGCAAUUUUCACAAGUGAUCCCCAUAGCGCUAGUCAUACUAGCUUAACUCAAUUGGCUAUUGAUUCAGGUGCUAAUUCUCCAAAUGGUGAUUUAAGAUCAAACUCAAAUUCUUUUACUUCUUUCACCGGUAUGAUUGCUCCUCCUUUAUAUGAAAAACAUAUUUAUGAUCGUUUAUGGUCAGACGUUUCUCCAAUUGAAUCUCCAGUAAGUUCGGGUGCUGCCACUCCAAGAAAUAAUCUUUAUAGUUCUUCAAGACCUUUAUCAAAUGAUGUUCAAAAUCAAUUCCAAAUGUCUCCUCUUGACUCUGUUCAAUUAAAUGAAAAUUUAAGACAAUUGAGCUUACAAAGACAAUUACAAGAAUCAAUGGAAAAUACCCCUAACUCAGGCUCAAAUACUCCAAGAGAUCGUCCGGUUUUCAAUUUGGAUGGUGAAUCUUCAAAUCAAAACCCAGAAGUUACCUCAGGUGAUUACUUCACUAGAGGUAGACCCAUUAUAAACCAUAGAGCUUCUUCGGAAGGCUUACAAAUGACUGCUUCUCCUCUUAGUUCGAGUGCUAACAAUGGAUUAGUAACUCCUGGUGCUGGAUUUCAAUCCCCCCCAGUUCAUUUAUCAAGGGCUGCUUCUGAAAAUAACGUCAUUAACCCAGCUACACUUUCAAAAGUUCCUACCUAUUCUCAAGCAAUUAGAAGCGAUAAUCAUGAUGAAGUUUUAUCACCAGCUUAUGAACCCCCUUUACCUGGAUCCAACAUUAAUAUGGAUCAAGCCAAUAGAAAUUUUGAAGAGACCAGAGGGGGACAUUAUCCUACCAAUGGAUUGAAUAACCACCAAAGAAAUAGAUCCUUUAUAUCUAGAGGAUCGAGCUCUGCAAAUUUGCGAAAUAUGGCUUCGAGGAAUUCUUCAAAUAAUUCAUCACCUUCAAAUUCCAGAAAUGUUUCCUUCACUAACUUGUCUGCAUUGAGUCCUUCAAGCUUAUCCAGAUCAUCAUCAAAGAGAGGAGAGAUCGAUACUACCAGCGGCAGUAGUGGAACCAACGUCAAUACUCCUACCCCUCCCGCAAUAACAGUAAGUGGUGGACAUGGAGGAUCGACUUCGGCACCUUUAUCAUCCUCACCCGUUGGAUCUGCUUUCAAGACUCAUGACAUUCCUGCUCACUUACUUCACAACAACUCCAUCAGACAGCCUUCCAGUAGUGCACACGAUAGAAGUGCAGCUGUAAUGGGACCCAAAAGUCCUGUGCCCAAUAAGUCUGCAUCUAGUUUGAAUUUACAUAAUCUUCAUUUUUUAAACAAGAAGAAGGGAGACAAAAAAUAG